CGGCCGUCAUCAUGGCUCGCUGCUGGAGUUACUUAAGAGGACUCUCCAUCUGUGUGACCGUGCUGCUGCUGGUGUCUGGUGUUGUGAUGAUCGGUGUUGGAUUCUCAUCAAUUGAAGGAAACAUACCUGUUGCUCAGUUGUUCGAUCAGUUAUCAAUCAGCGACGGAUUAUUGGCUCUGCAGGUGUUCGGCCCGAUCACAGUGGUUCUGUCUGUUCUGGGCGUCAGUGCUGCGGUUUCAAACUACAAACCUUUGCUGCUGCUGUUUUCUGCCCUGAUUUUUGUGGAGUUUGUGGCUCUGAUGGUCGUCGCCUCUCCGUUGGUUCACGUUGAAGCCGAGGUGAACGCCGCUGUGGAGGACAUUUUCCUGAACGUUACUCCUCUCCACAGCGCUGAGAUCUUCAUCCAGACGGAGCUGCAGAAACUCCAGACCUCAGAUUCCUGCUGCGGGUUGAGAAGUUUUGAGGAUUGGGGAAAUCACCUUCCUGACUCUUGCUCAUGCACGCCCCCUGCUGGUCCGGGCUCUCAGACCAGUAACUCCAGCUCACUGGGAUCCUGUGUGAUGCCUGGAAAAAAUCCUCAUCCUUCAGACAAACACUGGGUUCACUCUGAGCCCUGUGGUCCCAUCCUGAAGAGCUACCUGGGAUUCCCCAUCAAACUCCGGAUCGGAAUAAUCUCCGCCUUUGCCACCAUCACGAUAACCGCCAUCGUUCUUUGCCUGGUUCUGGGUCUGGAGGAAAGCUGGAAGAAACCUCCGGUCGAGACGACGGUCGACGACUUCAACAGAGUCAAAUACCAACCCAAACCUUCCCUCUCCUGACCUCUGACCCCUGAGCCACACAGAACGGACACUGGUGCAAGAGAGAACAACACAGGAAGUGCUGUGAGGUUAUUGAUUCAGAACCAGAAAUGGGUCAUUUGGUUUCCUCCAUCAUGGCUUGUAAUUUUAGUUUUUCACAGAUUUAUUUGUUUAAACACACAACUGAGAGCACAGGGUGAAGUCUCUCUGAUAGUCCAGUUGAUUCGGUUCGCGUUUGGGACCAAAGUUGCAACAUUUGUUAAGUUUUUAGCUGCUGUUUCUCUUUUACAAACCAACCAAAGCCUUUGAAAAACCUGUUCCCCUCCUCGCCUGUAGGGGCACUGCAACAAGAACCAUUGAAGGAAACGACAUAAAAUCCUCAACGCUCAACUUCCUUCUUCACAAAAUGAAAACAAAACUGGAGUAGUGUCAGAUUUUAACGGUUGUAGAAUUUUUCUUUAGUCUUUUACAAAAGACAAUGAGACAUUUCUUUCACUAGCGCUAAGCUAGCAUGUCUGUUUCGGUGUAUUUACCCAGAAUUCCCUGCACUGUCGUCCACUUCCUGCUUUUGGAGCGGUCUCCACUCUGCUUCACGUUCCCAUUUGCAUUCAAAAAAGUUCAAUUUUUUGUUCAAUUUCCCUUUCACUUCUCUCCAAACCAACUAAACUUUAUGGGACCUUUAAUUUCUCUUCUACUUCGAAGAACCGGACGAGUUCAUUCAAAUCAUUUAGUCUCUAGAUAUUUGGUUACCAAAAUUCCCCUUGAUCUACUCUUAACGGGUAGUUCAUACGUUUCUGAUAACUGCACUGCAAAACCACCAAAUGUUAUAGAGUUUUUGUCUAGUUUUUUGUGGCCAAAUUAAAAAACAUAAAGUUCUAAUUAGAACAAUUUGCACAAAAGCUUCAUUUUAUUUAAUGGCAGAAAUUUCUGUUGUUUUUGUUGUUGUUUUCUUGUGAAAUCUGGUCCUACAGGAGCUGAAGAGGAUCAGGAUUCCUGCUUUUAAUGAUGAUUAUUUUAUAAAUGGAAGCCAGUGUUGAAAAACUGCGUAACCUUAAAAUGUUUCUAUGUUUUAAAAUUUAAUAUAUAAAAAAAGAUGGUGUGUUGUGUUCUGAAGUGUGCUUUGUAAAUAAAAUGAGUUUAC